UUCAGUUUUAACAGCAGGGAAAUGUCAAGCAGCACGCCACUUCUCACCCGACGCUGUGAAGAGACCUUAACAAACAGCCAACUAGAACUAAAGGACUCGUCAGUUACCCCAGAACAGUCAGCCCUCCCCUGGAGCACCCACAAGAGGAUGCAGCCUAAAGAGGAACAGUCAGCCCUCCCCUGGAGCACCCACAAGAGGAUCCAGCCUAAACGAACAGGAGAAGGAGGGAAACAGUUACCAAAGCCAGGUGUACGGAAGAGCCGAUGCGAACUUCCACAUAACCAGGCUAAAUUUGCUCUGGAGUCAUCUCAACCUUCACACCUAGGGGCAUCAACCUUUGGGAAUUCAACUGUCGUAAACAUGAAUGAUUGUACUAUCGAAAUGAAGAAAUCUUCACCUCGCAUAAGGACAUCCGCUACUGAGAUGGUAGGGAUGGGAACACCUUACCCACCACCCUCCGCUGAAAGCCAAGGUGUUAUAGUGAGUCCUCCGCAGGACAUUCCCUCACCAACCCUGGAACUUGUGAGAUCCGACACUCCCGUUCACACUUCUGACGGUCCUGGUUCCAACAAUUCAGCUCCAACUAUCAAGGUGAUCGCUGAGGAGACUCCACAGCCAAACGGUCCACCAAAGAUAAUCGUAUCAAAAGAUGUUUCUAAGCCAAAAAGAGUUUCGGUUGUUGAAGAGCCGUCAAGAAACACUGCUUCAGCUGAGCCACCAAGGUCUAGAAGAAUAUCAGUUCCAGCUGGCCACAGAUCCAAAAGAAUGUCCGUCACAGAGAGAAAAGGUUCAAUGACAGAAGGAUCCAAGAGAGCUGUCAGCGCCGAGAACCAUACCAAAGAGACUAUAACACCUGAAGCCAAACGAGCAGCCGAACUUUGGAAGUCUCGAAUUUCUAAGAAGAAAGUUUCAGUGAUCGAAGAGUCCGAAAAGACCUUAACUGUAGAAAAGCAGCCCAGGGAGGGUCUAACACCAGAAACUCAACGAGCAGCCGAACACUGGAAGUCCAGAACAUCACACUCCAAAAAGUCCGCAAGUGCCGAAUACUACGCCCGGGCGGGCGUGACUCCGGAAACUCAACGUGCAGCCGAGGUUUGGAGGUCCAGGACAUCAGGUCACAGGGGUGGUAAACCUAUGCACGUGUCAUUUGGGGACCUGGCCAUGGAUUACCAGGGGGAUCAGAAGGGGAUGAGCGAACACAAGAGGAGACAUAAUCUUCAUCCACUGGCAAGGUUUAGGUCCCUGGCCAUCACCACCAACAACCGGGCUAGAAGAUCCCGCCGGUCACGGAACAGUGUUUACUCCAUCGACCCCUCUCUAUUGGAACGACCUGGACGAAUACGAGAGAUAAACUCAAUGGAAGAGUUCAAGGAGCGUCUAGACCAAGCGAAGGAGGCGUUAGUUUGUGUAACCUUUAGUGCGAAGUGGUGCGGCCCGUGGAGAAUGAUAAAACCUGAUGUUCACAGACUGUCUCAUAUCCACGGAGAUGUCGAGUUCUACGAGAUAGAUGUGGACGAUAACGAAGAGAUAGCAGAAGCUAGACGAGUGGCAUGCAUGCCUACCUUCCAGUUCUUCAAAAGAGGGAUAAUGCUAGACAAAUUCGCGGAGCCAAACAGAAUAAAGCUGGACGAAACAAUCAGAAAACUUCGAAAAAUGGAGAUUAGACCGGAGGAAUAGCGUGUCCUUAGAUAAGGAGGUUAAGGAGAAAAAAGGAGCAAUUUAAGGAGCAAGCCAAGAAGAUGAGAUGAGGACAUUGGACGAAACUGAAGAGAUACGAAGUGUAACAAGGGUUCAGAAAUUGAAAAUGGAUAAUAUAGGGUUGCGAGGGAGUAACGUGGAGAAGGAGUGUUUAGUGGUGAGGAAUAAGAUUAAGGGUCGUCACAAGAAGUUAUUAAUAGGUGUCACGUGAUGAUGAAAUCAUGUCACGUGAUGGAUACAUCAUGUCACGUCAUGAUGGAGAAAUCAUGUCACGUGAUGGAGAAAUCAAGUCAUGUGACGUUUAAUAGAUACAAAUUUAUGAGCUGCGGCCAGACAAUCUAUUUUAUAAAUAAUUUGUUUUUUUGAUAACUAAAUCAAUAUUAUUUGUAGUUAUCUGUUUUUGAUAACUAUGACAGCAGCGAUGGCUGUUGAGAUUUGGAACAGAUUUUUAGAGAAAAAUGUAAAUCAAUAUUAUUUGUAGUUAUUUGUUUUUGACGAU